AUGUCCUCCUGGUUCAGCUGGCUGACACCGGCCAUUCCCCUGCUACUGCCCUGGCUGGUCAAGCAUGGGGUAGGGAUGGCUCAGGCAACCGUGUGUUCACGGUGGGACCAUUCAGUCGGUCUGGAUGACAUUGGUCUAUCCCAGGAAGGUGAUGUGGUGAUCGGGGCUCUCUUCCCUAUCCAUAUCCUCCCCCCUGCUCCAGACCUGAGCUUCAGCCAACACCCUGACCUGCAGUCCUGUGUCAAUUUCCAGGAGGAACCGUUGAGAUGGGUGCACGCACUGGUGUUCGCAGUGGACGAGAUUAACCGUAACCCCUUCCUGCUGCCAGGAGUCCGGCUGGGCUACCGUGUCCUGGACAGCUGUGGUCAGCACCCCUGGAGCCUGCGAGGGGCACUGUCCCUGGUGUCAGGGGGGAACCUCAGAUCGUGGCCAUCAAGUGACUUCCAUGUUCCUCUGGUCAUUGGUGAUGCAUCGUCCACUCAGGCCAUCAUCCUGGCCAGGACCCUGGGGCCCCUCUCUGUGCCUGUGAUCAGUUACCAGGCCAGCUGUGGCUGUCUCAGUGACAGACAGGAGUUCCCUAACUUCUUCAGGACCAUCCCCAGUGAUGUCUACCAAGCCCUCACUAUGGCCCGGCUCACCUGGCUCUUGGGAUGGACCUGGGUCGGGGCUAUCGCUGCAGACAAUGACUACGGUCGUCAGGCCAUACAGGUGUUUGAGGCGGCGGUUCGGGGAACGGGGGUGUGCCUGGCGUUCUUUGAGACCCUCAACCGGGCGAACCUGGUGAGGGAUGUGGUGCGAGUAGCAGACACGGUCCAGGCCUCGACAGCACGGGUGAUCCUAGUCUUCCUCUGGUACACUGACAUGGGGGCGUUACUCCUGGAGCUGGGGAGGAGAAACGUGACGGACAGGCAGUUUCUGGCCAGUGAGGCAUGGAGCACCAGUGGACAACUGCUACGGAACCCCGCCCUCUUUAAUGUCUCUCGGGGCGUUGUGGGUGUGGCAAUCCGUAGUGCACCUAUGCCUGGCUUUGAGGCCCACCUUCGAAGUCUCCACCCGUCUAGGCGUCCCAGAGACGUGCUGUUGAAGGAACUCUGGGAAACGGAGUUUAAUGGGGCAGAGACUCUGGAGGUGGUGCAGAGCCCUUUCACAGAUACCUCUCAGCUGAGAAUAACCUAUAACGUGUACCUGGCUGUGUAUGCUGCGGCCCACGCCCUCCACAGCCUGCUGUCCUGCCCCCAGAGAGACAGCCCUACCUGGGGCAACAGCUUCACCUGCUCCCCUCCUCACAACAUCAGCCCAGCAGAGCUGUUGCAGCACCUGAACCAGGUUAACUUCACCACUCCACUUGGGGAGCCGUUUUAUUUCCGGGGCGCGGACGUCCCUGCUGUCUACGACCUUGUGAACUGGCAGGCCACGCCCCAGGGGUUGCUCAAACUUGUCACGAUUGGCCGAGUAGAGGGGUCCAAUAUCCUCAUCGACCAAUCAGCCAUCCAGUGGAACGCAGGAUCUAAUAUGGUACCUGUGUCAGUGUGCAGUGACAGCUGUCCCCCAGGCACCCGUGUAGCCAGGAAGAAGGGGGAGCCUGUCUGCUGCUUCGACUGUAUCCCCUGUGCUGAGGGAGAGGUCAGCAACACCACAGGCUCUCUACAAUGUGACCACUGUCCUCUGGAGUUCUGGUCCAACAGCAAUCGGACCGCCUGCAUCCCUCGUCAGCUCGAGUUCCUCUCCUUCAGCGACACUAUGGGCGUCACUCUGACCACUGUUGCCGUGUGCGGCACCGUGGCAACAGCGGCUGUGUUUAUGCUCUUUGUGUACCACCGCCACACCCCUCUGGUACGGGCCAACAACUCAGAGCUGAGUUUCUUUCUUCUCCUGUCACUCAAGCUCUGCUUCCUGUGUUCGUUGGUGUUCAUUGGGCGUCCCUCAGCGUGGGCGUGUCGGAUCCGCCAGGCGGCGUUUGGGGUCAUCUUCGUGCUCUGUCUCUCCUGCCUCCUUGUCAAGACCAUCGUGGUUCUGGCUGCGUUUCGCUCAGCCAGGCCCGGUGCUGGGCAGUUGAUGAGGUGGUUUGGACCCGUUCAGCAGAGAGGGAGUGUCUUCCUCUUUACUAGUGUUCAGGUGAUCAUCUGUGCCGUGUGGCUGUCGAUAAGUCCUCCCCUGCCUUACCGUGACCUGGGCCUCAAGGGGUCUAAGGUCAUCCUGGAAUGUGAGAUGGGCUCUGUGGCCGGCUUCUCCCUGGUGCUGGGCUACAUAGGCCUGCUGGCCUCUCUCUGUCUCCUCUUAGCCUUCCUGGCCAGGAAACUCCCAGACAACUUCAACGAGGCCAAGUUCAUCACCUUCAGCAUGCUGAUCUUCUGUGCCGUAUGGGUCUCCUUCGUCCCUGCCUACGUCAGCUCUCCUGGGAUGUACGCUGACGCUGUGGAGAUAUUCGCCAUCUUAGCUUCCAGCUUUGGGCUGCUGUUCUGUCUGUUCGCCCCAAAGUGUUUCAUCAUCCUCCUGAGACCAGAGAGAAACACCAAGAAACACAUGAUGUCCAAAUAGAAACCACCAACAAACACAUGAUGUCCAAUUAGAAACCACCAACAAACACAUGAUGUCCAAUUAGAAACCACCAACAAACACAUGAUGUCCAAUUAGAAACCACCAAGAAACACAUGAUGGACAAUUAGAAACCACCAACAAACACAUGAUGCCCAAUUAGAAACCAUCAACAAACACAUGAUGUCCAAUUAGAAACCACCAACAAACACAUGAUGUCCAAUUAGAAACCACCAACAAACACAUAAUGUCCAAUUAGAAACCACCAACAAACACAUGUUGUCCAAUUAGAAACCACCAAGAAACCCAUUAUAUAAUUAAGCAAUAAGGCCCGAGUGGGUGUGGUAUAUGGCCAAUAUACCACGGCUAAGGGCUGUUCUUAGGCACAACACAACGUGGAGUGCUAGGACACAGUCGUUAGCCUUUAUAUAUUAGCCAUGUGACACAAACCCCCGAGCUGCCUUAUUGCUAUUAUAAACUGGUUACCAACGUAAUUAGAGCAGUAAAAUACAUGUUCUGUCAUACCCGUUGUAUACGGUCUGAUAUACCACGGCUUUCAGCCAAUCAGCAUUCAGGGAUCGAAACCCCCUAGUUUAUUAUAUAAUAUAGUCUUCAAUGUGUUUAGUUAAUCACAUGUAUGGUAAAGCAGAACAAAUAAAGACAUUGUAUUUAACCCACAAGCACCAACUUUUCAGACAAUACCAAAACAAGUGGAUGGACACAAACCUUCCUACCCUGCUGGUAGUGUCUGUUUCUAAUGAGUCAACAGUGAGUCAAGACUUAGUACGUCUUCAUUUGAAUCACUACAUGACUCUUCUUUACCAUCAUCCAUAGACUUUAAUGACAUCCAUUUCUCACCUGAAAGCCAGUUCUGAAAACACACACACCAAGCCAUUUAAAUUACGUACGUUAAUAAAAAUGUUAAUUUCUUUCACAUUUUAUGAAGUGUGUAAUUCUUUUCCCG